GUGAGGAAAUGUUCUCCCACCGACCUGGUGGCCCGGGGUGACGUGGUCCUCAUCCCGAUCGGUGGCAUGCUGAUGCCCUGCGAUGCCGUGCUGGUCACUGGGACCUGCGUGGUUAACGAGAGCCUGCUGACCGGGGAGAGCGUGCCGGUGAUGAAGACCAGCUUGCCGGAGCCGGGCCGGGGCGUGGGGGCAGCACCAGAGGAGGUCUACAGCGUGGAGGCGCACAAGAGGCACACCCUGUUCUGCGGCACCGCCGUGGUGCAGACACGCUUCUACAGCAGCGAGCACGUCAAGGCCGUGGUCGUACGCACAGGUUUCUAUACCUCAAAAGGGCAGCUGGUCUGUUCCAUCCUCUUCCCAAAGGCAGCCGACUUCAAGCUGUAUCGCGACGCCUACCGCUUCCUGCUUGGCCUGGUGGCCGUGGCUGCUGUCGGCAUGGUCUACAACAUCGUCCACAGCUGCCAGAUGGGGGAGGACGUGGGCACCAUCAUCGUGAAGACGCUGGACAUCAUCACCAUCACGGUGCCCCCGGCUCUGCCGGCAGCCAUGACCGCCGGCAUCAUCUACGCCCAGCAGCGGCUGCGCAAACAGCGCAUCUACUCCAUCAACCCCCAGCGCAUCAACAUGUGUGGCCAGCUCAACCUCGUCUGCUUCGACAAGACAGGAACGUUGACAGAGGACGGUCUGGAUGUCUCGGGCUUCCUCCGGGUCCAUGAGGGCAGGUUCCUCUCCCUGGAGCGCGACGUGUCCACCCAGAGUCUGGUCCGGUCCAGCUUCAUCGCGGCCAUGGCCACCUGCCACUCGCUGACCAACAUCGACGGGAAGCUUUCCGGAGACCCCCUGGACUGCAAGAUGUUCGAGGCCACUGGCUGGGUCCUGGAGGAGCCCACAGCCGAGGAGACAGCCCUGCACGACCAGAUCAUGCCCACGGUGGUGCGCCCCGCUGCCUCCACUGCCUCCGCCACCCCGAGUUGCGGCGAUGCUGACAUGGAGCUCCAGGAGCUGAUGAACUCCUACGAGAUCGGAAUCGUCAGCCAGUUCCCCUUCUCCUCGGCUCUGCAGCGUAUGAGUGUGGUGACCAGCAACCUGGGCCAGCGGCGACUAGUCGCCUUCAUGAAGGGGGCGCCCGAGACGGUGGCCGGGCUCUGUAAGAAGGAGACGGUGCCCGAAGAUUUCUCGCCAGUCCUGGAGAAGUUCACCAGGCAGGGGUUGCGGGUGAUAGCCCUGGCCUGCCGCAAGCUGGAAGCAAAGAUCACCUGGCACAAGGUGCAGACCAUCAACAGAUCUGUGAUCGAAGCCAACAUGGAGUUCCUGGGCCUGAUCAUGAUGCAGAACAAGCUGAAGCCUCGCUCCAUCCCCGUCAUCCGCGAGCUCCAGAGCGCCCACAUCCGCACGGUGAUGGUGACAGGAGACAACAUGCUGACGGCCCUGUCCGUGGCUCGCGAGUGCGGGAUGAUCCCCCCGCACGGCAAGGUGGUCAUCACGGAGGCCGUGCCCCCCAGGGACGGGCAGGUGGCCACCAUCAGCUGGCAGUAUGCUGACGACACAGCGGGGUGGGUGGAGGCGCAUGACACCAAGGACAUCCAAAUCAAAGUGGAGGACGACACCUCGAAAGACGGGCUCUUGGACACCUGCUACCACUUUGCCAUGAGCGGCAAGACCUUCCAUGUGAUCACAGAGCACUUCCCCGACCUGCUUCCCAAGCUUCUCCUGUGCGGCACAGUCUACGCCCGCAUGGCCCCCGAUCAGAAGACCCAGCUGGUGGAGGAGUUCCAGAAAGUGGACUAUUACGUUGGUAUGUGUGGUGAUGGUGCCAAUGACUGUGGGGCCCUGCGGCGAGCUCAUGCCGGCAUCUCCCUGUCGGAACUGGAGGCCUCUGUGGCGUCGCCCUUCACAUCGAAGACGCCGGACAUCUCGUGCGUGCCCGUCCUCAUCAGGGAAGGCCGCACUGCUCUGGUCACCUCCUUCUGCGUCUUCAAGUUCAUGGCCAUGUACAGCCUCAUCCAGUACCUCUCCGUGCUCCUGCUCUACUCGAUCGAGGGCAACCUGGGCGACAGUCAGUUCCUCUUCAUCGACCUGGUGAUCAUCAUGAGCGUCAUGUUCACGAUGAGCUUGAACCCAUCCUGGAAGGAACUCGUCCCACGCCGACCACUGACUAGCCUGAUCUCCGUGCCCGUACUGCUGUCCAUGAUACUACAGACCCUCCUCACGCUUGCCUUUCAACUCACCGCCUUCCUGCUGGUCAAGGAGCAGCCCUGGUACGAGUCCGGAACCCCCACCGCCAAUGUGUGUCAUGUGAACUGGACUGGUGAGCUGCCCGGCGCGGGCUUCCCCACUCACAACAUCACGGGGGAGGACGGGGAGGAAGACUACAUCACCAACUACGAGAACACCACCAUCUUCUUCGUCUCCUGUUGCCAGUAUCUGGCAGUUGCUUUCGCCUUCUCCAAGGGGAAGCCUUUUCGGCAGCCCGUCUACAGAAACUACUUGUUCAUGGGUUGCAUUUUCUUCUUUUACGGCUUCUUCGGCCUGAUUAUGAUGUACCCGACCGACGUCGUUGAUGAUUUCUUCGAGCUGGUCUGUGUCCCCUUCGACUGGCGGAUGAAGAUGCUGCUCUUAAUCGUGGCCAACCUCGUAUUUUCCAUUCUCGUCGAGAAUUUCAUCUGUGACUACGACAUCCGGUGGCCGAGAUUCCCCUGCACUCCGAGUCCCAGCGAGGGUCCAGUGUCCGACAUGGCCACGCAGGUGGACGUGGACUCUGCUGGACGUCCCGGAGCGGGGGGAGAGUGGGGCGGGCCGGCGAAGCCCCCCAAGGACCAGUACAAGCUGCUGGCCCGAGAACUGCCGCUCGACCCCGACUGGCCCCUACCGCCGUGGACCGGGCGGCGCAGCUGAGGCCCCGAGACACCACCACGCCUGCCCCUCCUGACCAGGCCCAUAGACCCUGCCAGUCCUGCCCAGUGUGAUAGUCCCUGACCAUCUUGACCAGUGUGAUAGUCCCUGCCCCAAUCCAGACCACCUCGACCGUCCCAGACCACCUCGCCCUGUGUGAUAGUUCCUACCCCCUAAACGAAGGUGGGGGGGUGAGGGGGGGGGAUAGAGGACAAAGCUCGGACCCCCAGCCCCCCAGCCCCUCCCUGGCAGGUACCGGCCUCUCCUCCCAGGCACAUUCUCUGAGCACAUGACACCAGGCACGAGGGAGGGUCGCACAGCCUCCACCCCCCCCAUCCCACCCCCUCACAGAUGAAGCCAACACCUCGUCAUUUCUCGUUCUUUUAACAAGGUUUUAAAGAGUACAAAGCAAUCUUUUGACCUACUUCCAUCCACGUGGGAUAGACGUUUAAAGAAAAAAAAUAAUCAAAGCACACACUACUAUUCCCGGGGGCGGGAAGGCAGCUUCCUUUCGUCAGGGUCAGGGGUUGCGACCCCCGUCAGGAGCUCUGACCCCUAUCCUCGGACUCAGGGGUGGGUGGGGGGGGGGGGGGGGGGGGGAGGGAGGGUGACAUUCUCAAUAGCUGGAGGAAAAGGAAGUAGAUUUAAAUUGCAAAGUUAGAGCAUCAACAAUAUCUGAAGGAUUUUUUUGUGGGCUGUUUUUCUCACUGUUACUUGUUCGCAUUUUCUCUCUCUCUCUCUCUCUCUCUCUCUGCCUGUCUCUCGUUGCCUGUCUCUCUCUUUCUCUGUCUGUCUCUCUCUCUGUCUGUUUGUC